CAGCGGGUAGGCUCUCUUCUUCCGCAAAACACAUACAAGCCCCUCCAAAACCCUAAACCGUACCCUAUCUCUCUGCACUCUCUCUCUCCAAGUCUGAGCAGCAAUGGCGGCCGCUUCCUUGGACCAAGAAACAUCAAAGAAAGUCAUUCGUCAGGUUGAGUUCUACUUCAGUGAUAGUAAUCUUCCUAGAGAUAAAUUCCUGUCCAAAACCGUCGGUGAAAGUGAAGAUGGCAUGGUCAGUCUGGCUCUUAUAUGUUCAUUCUCUCGUAUGAGGAGCCAUCUUAGUUUGGGAGAAGUGAAGGCAGAAGAGGUUUCAGAUGAUACAGUGGAAGCUGUGGCUAAGACUUUGAGGAAUUCUACUUUCCUUAAGAUUUCUGAAGAUGGGACGAAGGUUGGUAGGACUACUGAGCUUUUGAAGUCAGAGGAAGUCAUAGAGCAAUUAGACAAUAGGACAAUUGCUGCAUCUCCCCUGGAGUAUGAUGUCAAGCUUGAAGAUGUGGAGUCUUUCUUUGGUCAAAUUGCCAAGGUUAACAGUGUGAGGCUGCCUCGCCAUGUCGCAGACAAAAGGUUGUUUUGUGGUACUGCUUUGGUUGAGUUUUCAUGUGAGGAAGAUGCUGAAAAGAUACUGAAGCAAAGCUUAGUUUAUGCUGGUGCAGAGUUAGAAUUAAAACCGAAGAAGGAUUUUGACGCAGAUAGAGCAAAGCUAGCUGAAGAAGUUGAAAAUUCUUCUUACCAAGCAGGUGCUAAUCGUAAAGACAAUUCAAGUCCGAAAGAUACCUACCCCAAAGGCUUGAUUAUUGCAUUCACAUUGAAGAGCAUGUCUGCUGGAAGUUCUGCAGAGCAAAAGGAUGGUCACGAAGCAAUCAAGCAAAAUAUGGAUGUUUGUGAAGCAGAUGGAGAGAGGGAUUCCACAUUGCAUGCCACUGAAGAGGCUGAAGAGAAGGUGUCGGGAUGUGUAAAUGGCGAUGAAGAAGUUCCUGGGGAGAAUGUUGAGAAGGUGAGCGAAGAAAAAGUUGAUGAGAAAACUAUUUUGGAGAGUGAAGGAAAGGAAACUGGUGACGGGGAGAAUCCGGACAGUUCCAUUGAGAAGGAGAAGAACGAUAAAAAAGUGGCAGAGGAAGGAAAACCAACUGCAGUUUUAUACAGGGACAACAAAGAUGUUGUUUUACGUGAAGAUCUGAAGGCUGUUUUCCAAAAGUAUGGAAAUGUAAAGUUCAUUGACUUUAAGUUUGGAGAAGAUUCAGGAUACAUUCGGUUUGAAGAAUCAGAGGCUGCCCAGAAAGCCCGUGCUGCUGCCGCACUUGCAGAGGAAGGUGGUCUAGUUGUGAAAAAUUUCGUUGCUACUUUAGAUCCUGUCACUGGCGAGGCAGAAAGGGAGUACUGGAGUCUACUCCGAGGGAAUCAAGAAAGACACCGUGAAAGUGUGGGCAACAGGGGAAGGGGUGGAAGACACAAUCGAGGCAGGAGACAGUUCCAUGGGAAGCACUCCAGAUCUAGAGAUGAUGAUUCUGCAAAUCGCCCGGGUAAAGUUCAGAAAGUUGGAGCUGCUUGAUUUGCACUACAUUCUCCAAAAUUUUGUGACUUAGGCACUGUUCUUCCUUUCCCCCCUCCCCCUUAAACCUAAGCUUGGUGCUUCCCUGUGAUACAGUAAUUAUGCCAUCGGUAUUAUUCGGCUUUCAUGAAUGUCGAAGUGUUUAAUGAAGUUAUAUUUUUGUUCCUUUCA